AUGGCGGCGAGCGAGCCGGGCAGUGGAGUCCAGAUGAGGAGCCGAGAAGAGUCUGAGAGCUUCCGCGCCCGGGUCCAGUUCCGCAAGUCCCAUUCGGGGCCUCCCAAGAUGGAGGGCUACCUCCGCAAGAGGACCGCGAAGCUGAACCUCAAGUGGUUCUGGCGCAAGUACUGGUUUGUGCUGGACGGCCGCUCUUUGCUCUACUUCAAGUCAGAGUCAAACUACAACUCUCUCGGCACCUGCAAGGGUCUGGUGGACUUCGGCUUGGUACAGGCAGUCAGGCCGUCGCAUGGUUCCAAGAAUAUCUACGCUAUGGAAGUCAUCACCCGGUCUGACGUCAUACACCUCGCGGCCGAUGACUGGCAGACGCGGCAGGUAUGGGUGGCGGCGCUGCAGGCGGCCAUCCAGAUCAGCGAGGUCUCGUGGCCCUUCAAGGUGCAGCUGGACAACGCGCCCAAACUGGUGCAGAUGCAGCGAGGGGAAAUUUGCAACUCUGCGCCAGCCUCCGACUGCGAGGGACGGCGUUCCAGGCACAACGAUCGCGGCCAGAAGACGUCCAGCCUGAUCAUCUACGAGAACGUCAGCAUCGAGACCACGACGCAAGACAACGAAGUCUCCUCCGAUCGUCGGCCCUCCAGCGAAGGUGCCAUCUACCAGCAGAUAUCGGAAGCAGAAUCAAACGCACACGACUCGGAACAAAGAGCGUCGGACGGUAGCGGCAACGCUCUAGGCAAGGCCCGUCCUUGUUCGCACACGAAGAAGGACAAGGGAUACGGCGGCAUGCUAAGGAGGGCUCGCUCCUUCAGCUGCGGUCUGAUGUCCGCAAAGGGCCGUCUGACAGGCUUCCACCGACACCGCGACAAGUCAGCGAAAACCGGAAGCAAAGUUUCGCCCAGCCGGAAGCACGACUCUUCUUCCGCUAGCCUGGCUCAGACCCCAGACUCGAGCCGCGUGUCCAAGGAAGCGGAAACAGCGUCGCACAAGAAGCAGGACUCGGUCGGUUCCGUCCGAUCGGGAGAACUGCCUUCUAGACAGACUAGCAGCUGUUCGAACCGGGCCUCGCACCAGAAGCAGGGCUCCACGGGAUCGGCGAACUUGAGACACGACCCGACGAUGCCGGCGGCGCGAAAUCAAAUCGCCUCCUUCUCCUCGUCCGGUCGCGACGACGAGCGUCGCAUCACGGCGUGCCUGGACGUGAACCCGACUUACCAGACGGCCGGAGAGUCGAGGGGCGACGGCCUCGCGACCGAGCCCACCGCGCGGAAACGGUACAACUCUUCGUCGUGCCAGGACGAAGACUUUGUCCCGGAGUGUCCGUCCAGGCCGCAUCCCCCGAGUCCGAUGCCGCGGAGUGACGUGUGCGCUGCGAUGCCCAGCCGCGACUACGGGGAAGUGUACGAAAACCACGUCCCGCCGCCUUUGGUCGACAAGGUUGGCGACGACGAAAGACAGCGAAAGAAGAGAAAGCCUCCGAAUCUCAGACUGGAUCAAAUCGACGCGAUGAUUCCGAACUGCGACUACGCCGAAGUGCGCGACGAACACGUCCUUCCGUCUCCCCGGCGGCGGUCGGUGGACGACGCCAGCCAGGAACGAACGUGCGCUGCGGAACAGUCGAUAAUGAAGGCACCGAGCUGGGAAUACGCCGAAAUCGACGACGGUCCGUCGCUGUCCAGGACAUUCUCGAGUCCUCCGUGCGUCGGCAGCGUCAAAAUGCCCCUAGCGAGAAGGCCCUCGAACCCCGAGUCAUCCGUAUCGAGGAAAACGAGCAAGGACUCGGCGGACGACUCCUCCCUGCACAUCUACCAGGAAGUUCGCGGCUCGUCUCGCAGUCCGUCGCCGCAGCCUUCGCCGCGCACCGUGUUCAUGGCGUCGACAGCGUCGAGCACGAGGCCCGCAGACAUGGAGGACGAGGAGGAGAGCUACUACUCCAGCAUCUCGGAGGAAGAUCUCAGGCGGUACCAGUGGUCCAGCGAUCUCGCCCGUGUAGGCGAGACCUCCGAGACCGGCACCGAGUCGUCCACGUACAACACGGCCGACGCGAGCGGCAGCAGCGAGGCGCUGGCCGAGACCGGCUACAUGGAGGACAACCCACACAUCACCAUCACGGCCACCGACAGCAGCCACAGCAGCAGCGGUAGCAGCCGCAUCGGCACGGCCCCGUCGAGCGAGGCGAUGCGCGAGCUUCGCGAGCUGCUCGACUGCCUGGGGACCGAGAACGACGGCAGCCUGCUCACGGGACAGAGGAGCAUCGCCAGGGCCCGGCAGCUCCUGGUGCGGGAGAUGGCCGCCAACGAGGCCUGACGGACGCACGAAAACGUUCGCAGUGCAAAUAAAGACGAGGUCAAACACGCAGUCCGCGUGACAGGCGCUAAACUUCCAACUGAGGUUCGUUUAGAGAAUGCCGCACACUAAAGGUGCUCCAAAGAUGAUGAGCUGCGUUAGUAAAUUACGCUUCUGCAGCACCAAAUAAGCCACACUCACCGUGAGAAGAGGCUUGGUAGGUCAGUAAGGGCGCAACAGCUUAAGACGGCUGGCGAUACCGCCUUGAAAUUCCUGCACCUGCCCGUGAUAACAUCCUCAGUUUUCACGGCGUCUGCUCGGGCCGGGUCAGUUUAUAUCAGUAAAGAUGAACUACACUGCACUAUAAAGAAGUCAGAGUGAAUGUAGCACAGUUAAAUAACUUCUACUGCUCCCCAACGGCUUAAACACAACGACAUACUUUGAGAUCCGUGACGUGACACAUAGUGGAAAAAAUUUAAAAUUGAAAAAAAGUGCAACUUUGGCAUUCCCUUUUCUUUCUAACAAUCGCCCUUAUUAAUGCAAAAUCGCCAAAAAUUUUUAAAAAUCUACUUUAUCAGUCGACAUUGAUUUGGUGUUUCCCUUUAGUGUCUCUUUAAAUACAAACACGUGACCACUAUUGGGUAAUCUUGCAUUGACACUGUGAUUCUCAAUGCCAGUCACGUGCUUGGAUUUACAAUGAGGCAUUACAUUUCUUCAAUAAACCUCAGUUGGGAGCUUAGCACCUGUCCAGUGGACUGCAUCUGUGUACUGGUCUUUAGUGCACUAUGA